CACGGUUUAUGUUCGACAUUCUAGCCAAGAGAAGCUGAAAUUGAAGAAUAAAGAUGGAAAAAUAAAGGUCUUAGGAGCUAUUCUUUGCCUCGCUGGAGCAGUAACCAUUAUCGUAUACAAAGGCAAAACAAUUUACCAUUCCAAUUCUAGUGCCAAUGAUCAACUUGUUUCUUCUGAAGGGAAAGAGCAUUGGGGACGUGGUACUUUAUUUCUUAUCCUUAGUUGUCUAUGUUACAGCACAUGGAUGAUUGCACAGGCCUGGUUGCUAAAGGAGGAGAGGUUCCCAUACAAAUAUUCUGCAACCACAAUAUCAUGCAUAAUGGCAACACUUCAAUGUAUGCUAAUAGGCUUGUACAUUGAUAGAAGAACGGCCUCGUGGAAAUUGGGAUUGAAUUUGCAACUUAUUACUAUUUUUUAUUCUGGUGUAUUGGCUACAGCAGCAACAUUUUGCUUAAUUAUAUGGGCAGCGACUAGAAAGGGACCAACUUACCCGCUCAUGUUCAAUCCAUUGUCCUUAAUAGUGGUAGCCAUCAUAGAAGCUUUUUUCUUCGGUGCACCUAUCUACCUCGGAAGCUUGAUUGGGAUGGUGCUAAUCAUAACCGGAUUGGUUUCUUUCCUAUUGGGGAAGAAAAUGGAGGAAAUUCAACGAAGUUCAAAUCCAGAGUGAUGAAUUUAAAGCAGCUCAAUUUAACAAAUCCGCGUUGAAACUGCGGCUUUAACUGUACCAACUUUUUUCUCUACUGACCAUAUAUUCCAUUUAUAUACUGAAAAUGCAGCCCAUCAAUAUCGAGAAGGGAUAUAAGUUAAGCACAAAGGAAUGUUUUUUUACUGUGACAGAGAAAAUAUUGGUUUCUUUCCUAUGGGAUUCAUUAUAUUGAACAACCUUUGAUCAUGUACGUAGCUCAAUCCCAUUCCCUUACGUCUUUAAGCCUAUUUUGAGAUCGAU